GAGGUAGGGGAGGGAUGGGCAGUUGGGAGACAUGGGCACCCCCCUUUUAUUCUGAUUUGAUCAUAAAUUUUAUUUUUUUCUUGAUUUGGUAGUUUACUUUACCGACUGGCAACACUGUUCAUCCAUAGACUAUCUGUCAUUUCUGUCAGUUGUCUAACACAAACACGUUUGAAGGUUAUGCGCUCGUAAAAGUAAAUAUUUUAUUGCGGUUUCGGAUCGUAAUAAAGAGAAAACUAAUAAAAGAAAGAUGCCGUUUAAAUUCAAAAAGAAAGGUUUGCGACGGGUUAUUCCUAAAGAUUUAAUAUUACGAGCCAUAGAAGAGGUAUCCAAAGGAUCAAAAAUAAAAAGAACAGCUGAUAAAUAUGAAAUCCCUAGAUCAAGUUUGCAACGGUACCUAAAACAAGAUUCUAUAAAGGAUUCUUCGCACAGAUUUAUAUCCAGACAAAUUUUCACUGACGAAGAAGAACAAAAAUUGUCAAAUUACAUGAUAGUUUGUUCUAAACAUAAUUAUGGGUUGACAAAGAUACAGGCACGUAAAUUGGCCUAUGACUAUGCUGUAGCCAUAAAGAAAACUAAUAUACCCGAUAACUGGACCAAGAAAACAAUCGCAUCUAAGGACUGGAUAAGGGGAUUUCUAAAUAGGCAAUCUCACUUAUCUAUACGGACACCAGAAGCUACAUCGUUGUCACGUGCAACAAGUUUUAACAAAACAAAUGUGGAUAAUUUUUUUGAAAAUUUAAAAACUGUUUUUGAGCGACAUCAUUUUGGCCCAGAGGCUAUAUAUAAUAUAGAUGAAACAGGGUUGACGACUGUUCAGCGUACAAAAAAAGUGAUUGCUUCAAAAGGCUCGAAACAAGUUGGACAAGCAACAUCUGCAGAGAGAGGCUCACUUGUCACAGUGUGCUGUGGAAUCAAUGCUAUUGGAAAUUCAAUACCUCCAUACUUCAUAUUCCCGAGAGUAAAUUUCAAACCCUACAUGCUUCAUGAUGCCCCCGUUGGGUCAGAUGGCUCAACACAUCCAUCUGGAUGGAUGACAUCUUCAAAUUUUAUUAAAUAUAUGCAUCAUUUUGCGAAACAUGCCAAACCGACGCCUGAAAAUCCAGUGUUGUUGCUCCUUGAUAAUCAUGAGAGCCAUAUUUCUGUGGACGUCCUAGACUUUUGUAAAGAAGUUGGCAUUGUUCUGAUGACCUUUCCACCACACUGUAGCCACAAGCUACAGCCGCUUGACUUAACAGUAUAUGGACCACUAAAAAAUUACUACAAUAAAGCUUUAACAGACUGGAUGGUCAGCAAUCCUGGAAAAACCGUGACAAUCUACGAUAUCCCCAAACUAGCAGCCAUUGCUAUACCUCUAGCGUUCAAACCACAAAACAUACAAAAAGGAUUUGAAAAACCUGGUAUAUGGCCUUUUAAUUCAAAUAUAUUCUCAAACGAAGAUUUUCUUUGCGCUGCUGUCACUGAUCGCGAUGCACCUGUAACUAAUGAAGCGCUUUCGUCCAGAAAUGAUCCUAUAAUCCAGACAACUUCAACUCAAGUCCUUCCAGAACAGUCUGAAAGAGAAAAUCAAAUUGAAGUAGAUUCAGCUAAUAAUAACAUUGAUGUCGCUGAUGCUUCCAUGUCAUUUGCUACAGAUCAAAUAACAAUUGAAGUCGCUGAAGUUGUAACCCCUGAAAUAGUGAGACCAUAUCCAAAGGCUAGCCCUAGAAAACUGAUUAGAAAUGUAAGGAAGAAAGGAAAGACAAGGAUAUUGACUGACACACCUGAAAAGAGACUCAUAGAAUUAGCAGAACAAGAAAGACAAACCAAGAACAGAGCUAAAACAGAGAGACAGGAAAAAAAGGUUCUUAAAAAUACAGAGAAGAAACAGAUUCCUAAACUUCCACCAGAACUCACAUUGAACAGAGCAAAGAAAAGGCAAAUGAGCAGCAGUGAUAGUGAUGUAGAAAACGUUGCAUUCGAUGAAAGUUCCGGGGAAUCUUUUAUUAAUGAAACGUCUGAAGAAGAGUUUGAUGAAGAUGAUGUGAUAAUGGUUGACAGAAAUUUUAAAAUAAAUGAUUUCGUUCUUGUUAAAUUUAAUACAAAAAAGACUGUUGUGCACUAUGUCGGGCAAAUCGAAGACAUUGGUCAUACCAUGGCUAUUAUAAAAUUUAUGAGGCUCAGUAAGAUAAGAAAGACCUUUUUUUUUCCUGAAGUUGAUGACAUAGCUAGUGUCCUUUUAGACGACAUCAAAACUAAAUUGCCUGUACCAAAGACAUGCAAUAAAACCAAACGUGGUACCUCUAAGUACACAUUUGAUAGUCCUUUAUGGGUUAUACCCAAUCUCAGAUAAGUUAAGAUACUGUUUAAGAUGUUUUUUUAUUUGUUAACUUUUAUUUGUGGUUUCUAUUAUUGAUAUAGUUUAAUAAUAGUUUAUUUGUUAACUAAUUUUUGAAUUCCAUUAUGGAUAUAAAGUGAUUCAUAGGCCGUGCCCAAGCCUCCCACAGGGUAUGUCCAAGCCUCCCUACCAUAGGGAGCAUUGGGCACUUUUGACUUAGUUUAUAAAAUAUCUCGUAAUGUUGAAACUGAUUGUAAUUUUUAAGAAAGCACUUUAAUUAUAUCUAGCCAAAUGUGUGGUGCAAUAAGAAUUGGCAAUAAAAGUUGAUUAUCUAUAAAAUCUGAUUUUUUAUACAAUAAAUAGUGAAAAUGUGCCCAUCCCUCCCCUACCUCCCCUACGCAA